ACAACAGAAUGGCGUGCAUUCUAAAUAAGUUAUUCAAAACUAGACAACAAUGCAUACUGCAUUGAUCUAAUGACAUGAUGUCACGGUAUGAUACGAUGAUUACGAUCCUCACCAACACCACCCAGAUAUCCACCGCACUACGACAGUGGGAUUGAGUGGAAGUAUAGUUUAGUAUGGUAUUGCUGCCUGUUUUAGUAUAUGCAGCUACGUGGCUUGUCUUGAAGAAAUGCGCGUGCUCGUACCACCAAAUAAGUAUAUCCCGGUUAGCUACUUACUAGCUAGCUCAUCGUCUUUGGUCACCACCAAAAAUGCCUAAGUACCCUAUCCAUCAUUAUCUUGUCCUGCACAUAUAAAGCACUCAUUAGCUUACUGAUCAUUACUUCAAGCCUUCAGGUGUUUCAUUCAUUCAGUAUGGGCAUGGCAGGCAUCUCAAUUUUCUUGACAUUUGUGGUUCUCUUCCUUACUAGUACUAAAGCUAGCACUGAUCAGACGAGCAACAGCAGCCGAGUUUAUAUUGUGUACAUGGGAUCUGCAGCUCCAAACUCUUUAACCAGCACUACAGCUUCCUUGAGGACUGACCAUGCUCGCCUCCUUACUUCUCUGUCGAGACGGAAAGCAAAUGCGUUGGUGCACAUUUACAGGCAUGGUUUCGCAGGAUUCGCGGCUCGGCUAUCAGAGGAGGAGGCACAGUCGAUGGCUCAAAAACCUGGAGUUAUAUCUGUUUUUCCUGAUCACUUACUGAAACUCCACACCACUCAUUCCUGGGAUUUCCUCAAGUAUCAGACUGAGUUAGAAAUCGACUCAUUUCCUAACAGCAUCUCCGAGAAUGAUGAUGGUGCUGCUGAUGACACAGCACCGGACUCUAAUGGAUCUGACACCAUUAUCGGCAUUUUAGACACAGGUAUUUGGCCGGAGUCGGAGAGUUUUAAUGACAAGGAUAUGGGUCCGAUUCCAUCAAGGUGGAAGGGAGCAUGCAUGAAAGGACCUGAUUUUACUUCAUCCAGCUGUAAUAGGAAGUUAAUAGGAGCAAGAUUUUACAACUCCAGCGAUCUAAUCACAGACAACGAUUCACCAAGGGAUUUAGUGGGCCAUGGUACGCAUGUUGCAGGCACAGCGGCAGGGAGUUUUGUACCGGGUGCAUCCUACUAUGGCUUAGCUGCUGGGAUAGCCAAGGGAGGCUCCCCAGGUUCAAGGAUCGCCAUGUAUAAAGUAUGCACAACAGAGGGUUGCUAUGGAUCGGCAAUUUUAGCAGCAUUCGAUGAUGCUAUCAGUGAUGGGGUGGAUGUUCUAUCUGUGUCCCUUGGUUCGUCAAGUUAUCAGCCGGAGCUGAGCAGUGACCCCAUUGCAAUAGGAGCUUUCCAUGCAGUGGAGCAGGGGAUUAUAGUCGUGUCCUCGGCAGGGAAUGAUGGACCGAACCGCGAAACAGUUGCGAACUUUGCGCCUUGGCUAUUGACUGUUGCUGCCUCUACCAUUGACCGGAACUUUGAGUCUAAUGUGGUCUUGGGGGGAAACAAAGUAAUCAAGGGAGAAGGCAUAAAUUUUUCUAGUCUCCAGAAAGUUCCUGUGUACCCACUGAUAUAUGCACCAUCUGCCAAGACAGCAGACGCUGAGGAACCCGAAGCAAGAAACUGCGACAGACAUUCAUUGGACGAAAAAACGAUCAAGGGAAAGAUUGUAAUCUGCGACACAGAUGUACCUUUUUAUACUACCGACAACCAAAUUGAGGCCGUGAAGAGUCUUGGCGGAAUAGGUGUAAUUUUUAACAGGGAUGAUCAUAUCGGGAUAAUAGCAGACACAUAUGGAGCAGUUCCUGCAACCGCGAUCAGUUUAAAGGAUGCCAAAGAUAUCUUCUCCUAUAUCAACUCAACCAGAAACCCAGUUGCAACAAUCUUACCAACAGAGACUGUGACAAAGUAUAAACCAGCGCCCACGGUUGCAUAUUUUUCAUCCAGGGGCCCUUCAGCUGCCACAAAUAACAUACUCAAGCCUGAUAUUGCAGCUCCUGGUGUGGACAUUCUUGCAGCUUGGACGGGCAAUGACAUGGAGGUUACUCCAUCUGGAAAAGAGGCCCCAAAAUUCAAUGUGCUCUCAGGGACUUCAAUGGCAUGCCCACAUGUUUCUGGGAUAGCAACCACCGUCAAAUCUCAAAACCCCACAUGGAGUCCAUCAGCCAUCAGAUCAGCCAUCAUGACAACAGCAACUCGAAUAAACAAUUUGAAAACCCCAAUCACUACAGAUUCAAGUUCAAUAGCCACACCAUACGAUUAUGGUGCGGGGGAAGUAACAGUAACUGGACCGCUACAUCCAGGUCUGGUAUAUGAAACUGACACCAUUGAUUACUUGAACUACCUCUGCUAUUAUGGGUUUGAUACAUCCAAACUCAAAACCAUCGCUAGAACUGCUCCAAUAGGUUUUGCUUGCCCCAAAGACUCCAAGGCUGAUUACAUAUCCAACAUCAACUACCCAUCAAUAGCAAUUUCCAAAUUCAAUGGAAAAGAAAGCAGGAAUAUAAGCAGGAAGGUUACAAAUGUUGCAGGAGAUGGUGAAGUGGUUUUCACAGCGAUCGUGGAUACACCUAGAGGUCUAAGCGUCAAAGUGAUUCCUGAUAAACUACAUUUUUCAAAGAACAACCAGAAGCUCAGUUAUCAAAUGGUUUUCUCUUCAACCGCAUCUGUUCCCAAGGAAGACAUGUUUGGGUCUCUUACAUGGAGCAAUGGAAAGUAUAAAGUCCGAAGUCCAUUUGUUGUAAGUGUUUGAAAACUGACAGGAGAGGAGUAUUCCAGUAAGUAAUGACUAUUAUAGAACAUCUGAGCUAAUAAUAGCACAGGGUAGAGCUGUAUCUAAGAAUUGCAAGUCAAUCCAUCGUACUGCACACAAGAUUAAACAGCCAGCGAACAUAGCUAUUUAAAGCAUACAGGGUUUGCAUUUCAUAAAUCCUUGAAUAUCUAUUAAAUCAAAGCAUGACAACCUAAGAAUGACUUCCGCACUGGUACGCAGUAACUUAAAGAGAACUGAUAUUUUUCAAUAAUUCAGUCCCUAACUUCCAUUACCAACAACUAGUUUCAUUACUAUGAGGCUCAAUAGCAGA